GCUUCAGGUGGAAUGCCAUGGUCCAACACAUCGAACCCCGGAAUUCUCGUCGAGGUCAUUCUGAGAGACUCUACGGCUCCACUACGCAACGAGGAUAAAUCUAUCGCAUCCUGAGAGUUCCUGUCAGCUUUGUCUCUGCAUCAACAACUACAUAAACCCUUUCUGACACUUUUCAAAGUGCAUAAACACAGAACACAAGCAAAGCACUGUCCAUAUUCUCUUCGCUUGCACUAAUUCUCCUUUUGAUUUACGAAACGUUCAACUUGCUGAUUGAUACCCAUACUCUCCGCAAACACGUACAUUUCCUAUAUUCUGUCUCUUUCAUCACAUCCGCGUCGAUAUAAUUCAUCAUGAAUUCCAAAAUGGAGUUUACAGACCGGGCCAAGAGGGCUUUGGAGGAUGCCAUGGCCCUGGCGGAGCAAUACGCACACAGCCAACUACUACCAAUCCACCUGGCCGUGUCUCUUCUUGACCCUCCCCCAGACCAGUCUAAGGAUCAGCAGAAUGGCCCUACCUCUAUCAGCAGCACCCUCCUACGGCAGGUCAUCGAGCGAGCACAUGGUGACCCACAGCUCUUCGAUCGGGCCCUGAAGAAGACGCUCGUCCGCCUGCCCAGUCAGGACCCACCCCCAGAGAAUGUCUCCAUGGCCCCAUCAUUCAACACUGUCCUCCGCAAGGCCACGGAGCUGCAGAAGGUCCAGAAGGAUAGCUACAUCGCCGUCGACCACCUCAUCACAGCAUUGGCCGAGGACAGCACCAUGGCGUCAUGCCUUAAGGAGGCCAACAUCCCCAAGGCAAAGCUUGUCCAGGAUGCUGUACAGGCGAUCCGUGGCACCAAGCGGGUAGACUCCAAGACAGCCGACACUGAGGAGGAGUCUGAGAAUCUUGCCAAGUUCACCAUCGACAUGACUUCCAUGGCACGGGAAGGCAAGAUCGACCCUGUCAUCGGUCGUGAGGAGGAAAUCAGGAGAGUCGUCCGCAUUCUGUCUCGUCGAACCAAGAACAACCCAGUCCUCAUUGGCGAGCCAGGUGUCGGUAAAACUACUGUGGUCGAGGGUCUGGCCCAGCGGAUCGUCAACGCCGAUGUGCCCGACAACUUGGCCCAGUGCAAACUGCUCUCACUCGACGUCGGUGCCUUGAUUGCUGGCAGCAAGUACCGGGGUGAAUUUGAGGAGAGGAUGAAGGGCGUCCUUAAGGAGAUCGAGGAGUCCAAGGACAUGAUCGUGCUCUUUGUCGAUGAGAUCCACCUUCUCAUGGGCGCUGGCUCCUCAGGAGAGGGAGGCAUGGACGCUGCCAACUUGCUGAAGCCCAUGCUUGCCCGUGGCCAGCUGCACUGUAUCGGUGCCACGACCCUGGCUGAGUACCGCAAGUACAUCGAGAAGGACGCUGCCUUUGAGCGUCGAUUCCAACAAGUUCUUGUCAAGGAGCCCUCAAUUCCCGAGACUGUAUCGAUUCUCCGUGGAUUGAAGGAGAAGUACGAAGUCCACCACGGUGUCAACAUCGCCGAUGCCGCUAUUGUCUCUGCCGCAAGCCUCGCGGCUCGGUAUCUGACUUCUCGUCGCUUGCCCGACUCUGCCGUUGAUCUCAUCGACGAGGCGGCGGCAGCUGUGCGGGUGGCUCGGGAGUCGCAGCCUGAAAUCAUCGAUAGUCUCGAGCGACGCCUGCGACAACUGAAGAUUGAGAUUCACGCUCUGACACGUGAGAAGGACGAUGCGUCCAAGGCUCGUCUGGCUCAAGCAAAGCAAGACGCUGCGAAUGUUGAGGAUGAGCUGCGCCCUCUGCGCGAGAAGUACGAGAGCGAGAGGAAGCGUGGCAAGGACAUCCAGGAGGCUAAAAUCAAGCUUGACCAGCUCAAGGUCAAGGCCGAGGAGAUGAGUCGAAUUGGUGAUCAUAGCCGAGCUGCCGACCUGCAGUACUACGCCAUCCCUGAGCAAGAGGCCGCUAUCAAGAAGCUCGAGAAGGAAAAGGCUGCCGCAGACGCCGCCUUGAACGCCAACCCAAUGGACAACGGUGGCUCCAUGGUCACAGACGUCGUUGGGCCCGACCAGAUCAACGAGAUUGUUUCCCGAUGGACCGGAAUCCCAGUUACAAGACUCAAGACUACCGAGAAGGACAAGUUGCUCAAGAUGGAAAGCGCGCUCGGUAAGAUCGUCGUUGGUCAGAAGGAGGCAGUCCAGGCAGUUUCCAAUGCCAUCCGUCUCCAGCGCUCGGGUCUCAGCAACCCCAACCAACCACCAAGCUUCCUGUUCUGUGGUCCAUCUGGAACGGGUAAGACGCUGCUUACGAAAGCUCUUGCUGAGUUCUUGUUCGACGAUGCCAAGGCCAUGAUCCGAUUCGACAUGUCUGAGUACCAAGAACGACACGCUCUCAGCCGCAUGAUCGGUGCUCCACCAGGCUACGUCGGGCACGAUGCGGGUGGCCAACUGACCGAGGCCCUUCGUCGGAAGCCAUUCUCCAUUUUGCUCUUCGACGAGGUGGAGAAGGCGGCGAAGGAGAUCCUUACGGUCCUUCUGCAGCUCAUGGACGACGGUCGCAUUACUGAUGGCCAAGGACGUGUCGUUGAUGCCCGGAACUGCAUUGUCGUCAUGACAUCCAACCUUGGUGCCGAGUACCUGGCCCGUCCCAAUGCCAAGGAUGGCAAGAUCGACCCGACCACACGGGAGCUUGUUAUGAACGCCCUGCGGAACUACUUCCUACCCGAGUUCCUCAACCGUAUCAACUCGACAGUCAUCUUCAACCGCCUCACCAGGAGGGAGAUCCGCAAGAUCGUCGAGCUCCGUAUCAGCGAGAUCCAGAAGCGUCUCAACGACAACGACCGAAACGUACACAUUUCGGUGUCGGAAGAAGCCAAGGACUACCUCGGCAACGCCGGAUACUCACCUGCCUAUGGUGCUCGGCCGCUGUCUCGCCUCAUCGAGAAGGAGGUGCUCAACAAGUUGGCCGUGCUUAUCCUCAAGGGCAACAUCCAGAAUGGUGAGACUGCUCGGGUCGAGCUUGUCGACAACAAGAUCACUGUCCUCGCAAACCACCACGAAUCCGAUCUCUCAGACUCCUCAGAGAUGUCCGUGGACGAUGAGGAGGAUGCCGUGGAGGAGCUUGUGGGUGACGAAGACAUGGAUGAGGACAUUUACGAUUAGAUUGCUUGCUUCUAAAAGACGGCCCAUGGGACAUGGGAGCUUUGGAGCUGAUUGUUAUGAGCAUGAUGAGCUACGACCAUGGGUAUUUUUGAACCCGUCUCUUGGGAAUGACACGGGACUACAAAAAGAAUGGGUACGGAGUUUGGAGCAUUGCUGAGUUUAAUUACAUGUAGCAACCCGCACGGAUUAAUACAUUAUGUAGCGUUUAUUUGA